AUGUACAAGAAAAUCGGCGACGUGCGCAACGCGCCUGAGCCAGUCCGCAACGACGAGCGCCGAAACGCCAUGUACGAUAUGCAGGACAACCAGCGACAGCACACGCAGGAGGGGCAGUACCAGUACCACAAUGUACAACAGCAAAAGGUCCACCAUGACAUGACGGGGGGGAGUGCCGCACCGUACGCGCCCAACGACACGCUCUUCCAGGACACGGGCGACUACUCGGAGUUUGAAAAGUACCUGCCCAAGGAGCUGCGGGGCGGCAAGAUUGUGCGGAUGACCGAGGCUGAGCGCACCCAGUACGGCGUCAACGACCGCACGACGCCCAUGGCCGCCGGCGACCGGCGCGUCAACGGGGGCGUCUCCAUCCGGGCGCUGGACAUGACCGCCGACCCAAGCACCACAGUACCGUAUACUUCGCAACCAAGCACCACACACCAUCCUUCGCGACCAAAUACCAACAAGUACCCCACGCCCGACGGCGGCCAGCAUCCCAACACGUACUCGGGCCCGUCGUACUCGAACCCCCAGUACUCGACCUCUCAAGGGGGCCUCAACUACGCGACACAGGACCCGUCCACGCUGACCAAUACGCCCCAGAUCGCAACCAACGGCCCCUUCCUGAUGCUGGAGACCCAUGAACAGCUGGCCGCGGUGCUGAGCUCCCACAAGGUGGUGGUUGUGACACACACGAUGGACGGCUGCAGCGCCUGUGCGACCUUCUUGCCCGGUCUUGAGCAGGUGGCCCUUACACAGACCGAGCGGUACGGCGACAAUGUGCGAUUCGCACUGGUCAACGCAAAAUACCAGGACCUCAACCAGGACAUUGUGGCGUUCCCGACAACCCGCAUCUAUCUAUCCGGCAACGUGCUGCGCGAGUACAAGGGUGCUGGUUACGCAAAGAAAAUAUCAAAGGUGGUGUCUGAUGCAGUGUACGUGUAG